GAGAGAGAGAGUCACAACCAGAGGGGUAGAAGAUAUAACUAUGCAAGGGGUUUUCGCCCCCCUACUUCUCUAACCUUUUUACUCCAUUAUCUGUUCUGUUCUGUCCACGUGCCAUAAAGUCUGAGAGCACCACGUAGUCAAGUAGCGAUCAUGUCUGCGUCUUGAUAUACCAUGAGGUUUCCGAGUUCCCGGUAGAUAAGACGCCUUGUUCGAAACCUGAUAUGUACCAGUGCAAAUGAUGAGUCUUGAUCCAGCCUAUAUAUACACAUCACCUUACCUACUUUUGUUACAUUCAACGCUACCACCUCAUCUAGCCAUGACGAAUUCCACUAGCCUUUACCAAUACUGCACCAAAUUUAAUACCAUUUGUAAACACGCAUCUGUGAUUCACAAUGUCCGGGUUCUGUUUAAGUGGCGAGUUAAACGCAAACAUGCAACACAGUACGCUUGAGAGAAGUGAGACUUCUUCCCUUGAAGAGUAUGUCACCUCCAUCCUUCCCGACUCGUUUCGGCCUAACUUCGGCGAGGACCUCGAUCUUCACGGGCCUCUAGAUUUCGGUCAGGAGCCGCCGAGAUUGUGGCCUGAUGAAUCGGGUGGCGAUUUCAACCUCAGGUCUCGAGAUGUGGCAAACUACAACCCAGACGACUGGCUGUGGUCUGCUGCUAAUGACGACCUCAACCUAGGGCCUCAGGCUGAGGCAAACCACAAUCUACACGGGGAUUCGUGGUCUCCUGCUAACAGCUACUUCAAUCUGAAGAGUGGCGGUGACUGUGGUGGACCGAGUCCCUGGGCUGAGAGUGCACGCGCUGAGCAGACCUGUUCAAGAAAGCCGGAGAAGAAUAUUCAUUCUGUUGGGGAAAAUAUGUCCACGGCAACAAACUGUGAAAGAUAUAACCAGAGAUUGUUUGGCUUGUGGGACGAGGAACCGUGCCUGGACCAAAGACUUCAGCUGACAGACGGUCCUUUGCUUCUGGACUCUGGAGACUCAUGCAGCAGCACGUGCACAGCAGAGCUCGCCGACGCUUUCUCGCCGCCCCCGGUAGGUGGAAAGAAGGGAUACCGUCACAGACACGCCCGGAAGUACCUGAACGAUAAUUCUCUUCAAAAGGAACGGAACCGCGAACUCAAUAACGAGGCGUCGGCCCUCUACCGGAAAAGAAAGAAAGAAGCUGCUUCAACGACGGAUGAUCAUUUGCAACAUUUGCAGCAAGAAAAUGAUAACCUUUGCAACAAACUACAACUCCUGACCGUCCAGAGUGAUUGGUGCCACGACGUAUACGUGAAGUAUAAUGAUUACUUUGCACCGCCUCUCGACAGCAACUUGCUUCCCUAAGAUAAAACCAUCAUUUGUUGUCUUCGAAAUGAUAUCACCCUUAACCCUCUCAGUAUAAGUUCAUUAAAUAUAAAAUUAGGACAAAUGAUCAUGUGUUUUUUUCAAAUUCCCCGACAAGUAUGUGUGCAGGUAUUUGUGUUUAUGUGUAUGUAUUAGGAAUGGUGUAUAUACAUACGCACACACACACACACAUAGACAAACACACACAUAUCUUUGUGUAUAUAUAUAUAUAUUAAUAUAUAUCAUUAUUAAGGGAGGCUUUGGGCCAGCUCAGUAGCACUUUCACUGAAGAAACGGGUACAGUGACAAAUACC